GCCACGCGAGGCCCCUGCCAGCGUGCGGGACCCACGAAGCGCCCCAGGCCGUCCGCGAGCGCCACGCCGCCUGGGCGCCCGCCCACGCGGCCGCUGGCUUGGGGGCCGUUAGGUUCCGAGCCCUAGCAGAGCGGCGCGGCCGGUGCGCGUGUUGGUCUGUUUCCUAGGCUAGGCUUUCCCCUUCCCCAAGCCAAGACCCCAGAGGCGAGAGAAGGCGCGGGAUGGAGCCCGCCGUGGCGGCGGUGGCGCCGGGAGAGCUGGGCGCGAUGCUUCGGGCGGCCGCCGACUUUGCGUCCUACCCAGGAGUGCAUGGUGAGGAUACUGUGAGGCAGUUCCUGGAACAAUUCCCUCUGCCUAGGCUAUUCGGUGCAUUGCAGAGUGAUGCAGAUGUACCUGGGGUGGAUGAAACUGUCACGGAAUGCUUGGACAAAGUAUUUGCUUCAAGAUAUGGAGCAUCGCUUCUGCCAAGCUAUGGUGCAUUUAUUCAAGCUGGAUUGCUCACAGACUCAAAGAAUAUCAGAAAAUUAGCCUGCAAAUCUGUGUGCCAUCUUCUUGACAAGGCUGAAGAUAGCUCAGCAGCUGUGGAAACAGUCGUGCAGCACAAUCUAUAUCCUCUUCUGAUCAAUUGUUUGGUUGAGGGAGAUGAAGAAAUUUCAGCAAUAGUUCUGAAUGCCAUAAAGCGUUUAGCAGAAAUUCCUAAAGGAUCUGAUAUCAUAUUCCCACCAGAUGGUCAAGGACCUGUGCAACUUGACAAAGUGGCGGCUCAAUCAUCCUCAAUGGCACGGAUUCGUAUUCUAUCUUUGAUAGCUAAGCUCUUCACUGUUUCAAGUUAUACUGCUACUGCCAUUCGUGACUCAAACCUUCUUAGCAUAUUUGAAGAGGAAAUAAAAGAUAGAAAAGAUAUGCUUAAAACCCUGAGUGCACUGGAGGUCCUCUAUGAGCUCGUGGAACACCCUCACAGCAAUAUUUUCUUGCUGAAGACCAACUUGCUUGAACUCAUUAUUGAUGUGAUUAAUGACUCCUCAGCUGAUUCUGUUAUUCGGUCAAGGGCAGCAUUAAUUAGCGGGAGGCUUCUUUCUUCAGCUGAUGCUUUUACGGCAAUAGAUCAAUCCUGUGUUACAAAUCUUCUCUUGGCCAUUGACAAUAUAUUGAAGAUGGAAGAAAGCCACAAUGCUGAUGAAAUUGAGAGUGCAUUGGAGACCUUGGGUCUAAUUGGUACAACAACUCAAGGAGCACAUUUGUUGCUCACAUCAUCAAAUGUUGCCAGACAUGUGGUAGAAUCGUCCUUUGAUCGACAGGGUGUAGGUAGACAGCUGGCUGCCUUACAUGCCUUUGGGAGCAUAUGUGGUGUUGAUCGGCAAGAAGACCAAAUGAAGCUAGAUGGUCAAGCUGAAGAGUACUUGAAGCGCUUGGUCUAUACCACUGCAGCAGACAGUCCAAAAUUAACCCCUUCAGCUCUUCUUCUAUCAAUUCUACAACAAGACCCAGAUAUAAGGAUAGCUGGCUAUAGAGUAAUAUCAGGACUGGUCGUCCGAGAAUGGUGCCUAAGGGAAGUUUGUUCAAAUUCAGAUAUAAUCAGACUUGUUACGGAUCCAACAAUGGAGACAACCAAACUUGGCAUGGAAGCACGGUAUGACUGCUGUGUGGCUAUCAACAAGGCCUUAUCAUCUUCACAUCUUCUUCAUGAAGCAAGUCUUUCUGAACUCAUUGGGAAGUUGAGUGAUGCGGUGGCACGGGGCCCUUACCUUUCUGAUAGGAAGCGCGUGGAGGCACGGCCAGUGGUUGUCACUGCAGAGAGGUUUUAAGUUUCCCUCGAGUCUUCAUCCAAAGUAAAAUAUGAUCUCAUGGCCCAGCGUCUGAUGCAGUUGGUUUUCUGUAUGAUUAACAAACAUAGCUAUGAUGUACUUGGAUAGUGGGGAGGACAUGUGUGACAUGAAUGGUAUCAAAAUGGCAACGGCAAAACAAAUAUGCUGGUUCUUCUA